GCCAGGGCCGCCCCGGUGCUUGCCCGCGAGCUCCCGCCGCGCCGUUGCGGGCCGUCUCCCGCCGCGAUGUCCCGCCGCGGGCAGGUGCCCGACAGUGGAGCUGAAUCCCUUUCUUCAGAUGAACAAGAGGUGGCAGCCAGCGGUGUGGAGGGAGAGGGCUUGGCCGAGGAGCACCCCGCGGGAGAGGACAGUUCCGAAAACAGCUUGAGCAGUAGCUCGGAAGAGGAGUCAGAUGCGGAGUCGUCAGAUGGAAGAAGGUCGGAUGAAGAACAAGAGAAGAAGGAAUCGCUAUGGCACUGCAAUGAAUCAGGAGUGAACUGUCUGCCACCCUGUGAGCACUGCAGAAAUGAAAAUGACCAGAGGGAGCAAGUGACCCCCAGGAGACUUUCUAGAGAACAACUUGUGGUGCAGCUGGACGCAGAGGGUACUUACCAGUGCAGCCUCACAGGCUUGAUUUUUGAAGUAACGGGUGCUGUCAAAAUCACGUAUUCCCUCUUAUCCUGGAGCAAAUAUGCCCACCUCGUGGAAAAGCCGUGGAUCGUGGGUGGCCCCCUCUUCGACGUGCACUGUGAUUCGCCUCUCGCUCUCACCUCCAUCCAGUUUCCCCACUCUCUCUGCCUCAGUGAUCAUGGUGCUGGCAUGGCCUUCAAGGUUUUGCACAUCAAAGACAAGGGUGUAGACAUUGAGCCCUCCGCUGACUACUCAGCCUCGCACGUGAAGUGGCUGGUGAGCUCGCUCUCGCCGGUGGGACCAGUCAUCCAGAGCCAGGAGCCAGUGCAGUACUACGGCGUUGUCAUCCUCUACAAAGUUGUCGACAAGCAUCCCUCUUUAUCUUUUCGGGUCUACGUGGCUACAAACAAUGACUCUGUUAUAAAGGAUAUCUCAAAAGCUGUAAAAUCUUCAAAGCCGAAAGUCAUUAAAAUUGACAAGCCCCCUGCAUGCCAGAAAUUACUACAGAAAGGAAAGAGAUACAGAUUAGUUUGUGAGCCAGAAGCUGAAAUAACUCCAGAGGAAAUUGAAUUUUUUGAUGAAUCUCUCCUGAAACUAAAAAAUUACAUUGAAGUCUAUUUGGAGAAACCUGAUGACAUCACCCUGCGUUUGGUUGAGCUGGAGUCUGAUGCAACUGUAUGGACAGCAAAACUAAGAGAGUGUGACUGGAUACAUUACGAUGAGAACAAAAAUGAGCAGAAGAGAAGCACAGGCGGUGUCAAAAAACGGACAGCCAUCAAUGUUUCAAAAGAAGAUGAUGAGCUCUCUAGCAAAAAGCAAAAGAUUGGCAAUGCUGCAGAUGAAAUAGAAAAAAAAAGCUUAACUGAUAAACAGCUGAUGGUGAUUGCAAAGUUGUUUGGGAAAGAGUGGAAAGAAAUUGCCAUUGAGUGUCUUCAGGUGGAAAUGAAAGACAUUGAGCAGAUUCAGGCAACAGAGGAAGGAGUUAAUAUGCAAAAAUUUCGGGUGUUAAGCAAGUGGAGAGACAGAGAGCAAGGCAAUGGAACUGCAGAAGCUUUGUACAGAAGUCUCCAUGAUAAAGUGUCCUAUAAGAUACUGGAAACCCUAGAAGAUUUCUUGGCUCAGUGCUGAGCUGGUGAAGCCGCAGCUAGGAGGAGUGCGGCGGGAGCUUCCCCAGCCAGCCGUUACGCUUCUCCGGCCGCUUCCCUGGGAUCUUGCUGGGAUUUGGGAAGGAAGAUGCAAGGCAUCAUCACUCAGUGGAAAGCUUAGGUAGGAUCUUCACAAGGAAUGUGAAUGAAAUUUUGUGCAGAUAUAAGCUCACGUAAGACUUUACAGAGACUACCACUACUCAUGGAUCCCAGCACUGCAGCUGGGAGUGCUGGGCAUCAUGGACAGGGAAUCCCAACACUGCCACCCAGCUUUGUCUCAUUUGAGCCAGUCCUAAAAGACAUGAACACUGGAAGAAAUGAGUUUACUUUGUUCAGGUAUAUGAUCGUUACCUAGAAACGUUUUUAUUUACAUCAGGUAAAGACGGACAAAAUUUAUGCAGAAACUUUUGUCCCCUUUAAAAAAAAAAAAUUGAACUGCUGAAAUCAUGAGGUAUGUUGUAUUUCUCACAGAAGACCAAGAUCAGGGAAGAAUAACCCUAAACUUGCAGAUAAAUUCUUUUGCAUAAUCACUAUAUGUAUACAUAAUUACUGUGUAUACUCAUGUACAUUCAGUCCUUGUUAAGCUGUUCUGUUUUCUAAAAAGCUGAAGACUAGUUUCGCAGGAAUACCACUAUCAACUCCAGGCAGCUUUGAAUUUUCUCUGGGAAUUUCUUCUUCACUCUUUUCUGUAUAGCCUUGUCUAAAUUUUUAUGAUUUUUUAAAUGUUCUAUACUUUUUUAAACUUUUAGAGACUUUUUGUACUUUUUUUUUUACUUGAUUAACUUGAAUACAAUUAGGUGCUCAAGCUAAAAUGGAGGAAGCCAAAAUCUCUGCAAAGGCUUUUAUUCUGUUGGUAAUGCAUAUACUACAGAGUUGUGAAUGAUAUGAAAAUAAUGUUAUUUGUGGAAAAGAGGGGCAACCCCAUAUGGGAGAUUGUCAUGUUUUUAAAGACAUGGGAUUCUUUUGAGAAUGUUCCUCUGUGUAUGUUUAUGAAAGAAAAAGCAUACUUAAAAAAAAGAAAAAUCAUAUGUAAAUAGCAUAAAUGUUUCCUUUUUAAUCCUUUUUUUACAUUUUAGCUAUUGGAUGAAAUGUUGCAAGGUUGUGUAUGUUGUGGACCAUCUUUCCAACCCUUGGUGCUCUACCGCUACAUACAUCCCAGGGGGUGGCCGAGUAAAAGGGCUGUGUGGGUGCCCAGGACCUUGUGGGCUUUUCUGCCAGUGGGGCUUUUAGGGGAAAAAAGCUUGUGGGAGGCAGGGAGGCUCGUGUGGGGCUCUCCAUCCCCAGGCAGAGCUGCCCUUGGCUCUUCUCUCUGGGACAAGCAGGGGUAAGUUGCCAGCAGGGGGACCAUGAAGAUACCCAAUGCAAACAAAGCGCUAAUAGGACCCUCUGGUGAGAAGCAGAAAUCAGUAAAUCUAAGCUGGAAAUAAGAUGGUUGGUUGUAACAGUGAGCGUAACUGGCUUGCGUGGCCGAUGGUCAAAAGAGAUAAGGUCUUCAACCCUCAGGAUCUUUAAAUCAAAAUCAAGAACCUUUUAAAAAAAAAUUAUAUUGCGUAGUCUUCAGUUUGGCUUUGUCCAGUUCUUGCAGGCAGAAGGAAGUAAAACAUUACAGUUGCACGAGGUUGCUCUUCCCUCACACGUCGGUCUGAGUGGCGGGUGGUCUGUGGGAGCAGGGACCACGGCUCUGGUUCCGUUAGAAAGCUCUGGGAAUGUAUAAGAUUACAUUUUAAGAGCUGGUGUGGUGUGCAGGUGACGUCAACGCGUGGGGAAGAGGGGGGAGGGUGAGGACAGCAACUGUCCCCUCGGCAUUUGGAAGAGCAGGGGGUCCCACUGGCCCCUCAGCAUCAAAGGGAGCUGCUUGGGGGCUCCCCAAAGAGAGGGGAGGGCCGAGCUUGGAGAAACCAAGCAAGGGGAAGAGCGCUAAAGAGCAAGGCCCUGUCGCUGAGGAGCAGCGGAGGCAGCAGGGGAGCUGGCUGGGACAUACAUGGUCAAAGUCAUGGCCAAGGACAGACCCGCCAAAGAGGGACACCUUCGUCUGGGCUGGCUUACCUGCCGCAGGGAGGAAUGGGGAAGAUAAUCAUCCCAGCAUCCCUCCUGGCCUUCAAAGCUAUGCAUAAAUCCUUGCCUCACCAAAACAAACAAUUUAGCCAUUGAUUUCAGAGGGGCCAGGAUUGCACCACAGAAACUAUGUAACUGGCUGGAAAAAUCACUGUAAAUAAGGAUGAAAUAGAGUGGGUUGCUUUGAGUGUUCACUCUGAGAAAAAAAUCCACAAGAAACACAGCUAAUGUAAGUAACAAGACAGAAAGAGGAUUUUAAAAUAUGAUACCAGUGCUGAAUGUUACUAUGGUAUACUAUGCCAGCAAUAUUUAAAGUAUUUCAAAAGUAUUAAUGCUAUAGGUCAAGGAAGGAAAAAAAACCACACCACUUUUUUAUGCAAACUUUAGUUUUAUUAGGCAAUAAAUAGAAUAAAUAAGGAAUAUCAUCAUAAAUAAGUUGAUUAUUAUAAAUAUGUUUCAAUUUCUGAAAAUUACAGCUGAAUAAAUAAGACAAAUCACA